AACAUCCACCAUCAUGAGCUCACACAAUUCGUCAUCUCCUCACUCUAAUUAUUCUUCAAGACCCAGACCGCCGUCGUGGGAUGGACGUAACAACACUAUGCGGGGGACGACUUUCAAAGACGAUCCGAUGGGGACGAUCCGAUUGCCUCGUGCAACGUCCCACUCGCAGCUCCUGUCCCUCCUCACCUCCUCGAUGGAGGAUGCCUCCAGCUUAGCUGGCUAUCCUGCACCACCAUAUCCUGCCGUAGUCAAGUCCCAGGAGACAAGUCCGACCCGACGCGUCAUCCCUCGAGUCCCUGCGCCGGUGUACAAAAGCGAGAGCGAACCAGAGGUAUGGCCAUUGACGCAAGAACUCGUGAGCGAGUUCAAAGAAUUCGCAAAGAGGGAUGCCGAUGAAAAGAAUCGAAGUAUUACGUCGCAGAACGCUGCAGAGGACGGCAUAGACCGGGGCCGGAAAAGGAUGUCAUUCGCUUUCCCCGGCGGUCCGAAUCCUUAUGUCACACAAGACUUCCCUCCUGCGAGAGGAGUCUCAAUGCCUCCUUCCGCAAAUGGCCCGCCCUCCUAUUCCGCCCAAACCGGACCAGCGGUGCCCGAUCGACCCUUACCCAAUAUCCCUUCCAACAGCACACAAAUCCACCGACAGACUAUGAAGAGUUCCAAAGCGGCUAAUUACAACUACUUCCUCGGAUUACGUACCGGCGAUUCCGCCCCGGCUUAUACCAUACCUCUGCCGACCUCCAACCCUGUCUCACCGAGUUCCUCCGGCUCUACUCUUCAAAGCACAACAAAUUCCGCAAGCACGGGCAGUGCAUCUCCACCAUUCGGGUUUGAUAGACGAUCGAAACCGAGUGCGGCACCGGGUGCCAGCACAGCUAUUGUACUUAAAGAAACAAAAGAAUCCACUCAGCUCGUGGAUGACCGAGAUGAUGAAGACGACAUCGACAAAGAAGGGAAUGGGUGGCAUGUUGUCACUCAGCUCCCGGAGGAUUACAAUUCACCUUUGGGAUCUGCAGUUCUUAUCAACACAGACACAGAUGACCAAGACACUUCGAUCGCCAACACGCCACGAGUUCAGUCAGGAACCCUGCCUGCUGAGGGAUCUAGCUCGAUCCAGCAAUUGCUGAUGGCGCUGCAGAUCGGCUCACAGCGCCCCACACAGUCAGUAGCCGCACCUAAACCGACAUACCCUUCCAAAGAAUACGCCGCGACACAUCCGUCUUUUGGACCAUUUGAGAGGUACUCAUCUCGUCAAGCAUCUAAUGGAGGAACCCCGUCAGCAGAGUCUCCCGGAGCGCGUCGACGCCCCAAGCAGCUAUCCCCAUCUUACAUCCGCGGCAUCCCAGCGGAUCAAAUCCCUCGCCCACCACCGUCUGCGGCAUCCGUAGCAUCCUCCGCAUACCCUGGACCACUCAACCCAUUCCUCCCAUUUCAAUACGCCUCAUCAUCAGCCUCCUCACCUUCCCAUAUACCACUUCCGCUUAAUGAGUCCAGAGCACCCCGUAUCAUCAAAUCAAAUCGUAAUGUUCAACGUCCGCCUUCGGAGUCUGGAUAUAGCACAGUUCCAGCAGAGACGGAGUCGGAAAGAGAAGACAACGAGGACGAUGUCUGGCUCGAUGAGCUAUCCGACGCCGAGAUGGAAAAUGGCUACCAUCAUGAGUUUAUCCCCGAUGAAAAGAAAAGGCGACAAAAGUUCGAGCAGAAAUGGCGUAAUCUGGUCAGGCAGUUCCGUGAACUGGACAACAUGACCGACUCAACCAUGUUCCUCAUGGCCAACAACCCAGAUCAGCGUCAUACCCACAUGGUACUCAGCCGAUCUGUGAUGACAAGCGAGGAACACAUGUUUUACGCGCAAUCUGCUCAAGAAUCGUUCGCCAAGGUCGCGGAGGCGUGUCGUCAGGAGCGGGAGGCGCAAAAGGCCCAGAAAGAGGCUGCCGAUGCUGCCAUGACCCACGAACAGCGGACGCAAGCCGCAUUCGAACAUCUCGCAAGUCUAGAUGUGAAUGCCAUUAAUGGAGAAGAUAAUUUAAAGCAAGCCCUGGAUUUUGCAAUCACAAGUCUGAAACAACUGCACCAUAUUUAUGAAGAGAGGGAGCAACGGAGGCACGAGGAAGCGGAGCGUCAGAAGUAGGAGCAGUUAAGCAUCCACGCUUUGCUGCAGUACUUGGGUGUCGCUGCACCCAACACUAACCUAGC